AGGAGAAAAGAGAAAACCUUUUUUUCUUUUUCGUUCUGUCUUUCCCUUGUGAGAUCUGCAUCGGGCCGUGCUGUGUAUCGUUUUCACCCACACCAUCGCUUCGUAUUGAUCACCGCAACGCCGAUUCAUUUAGAAAACGAUUUCUGUUCGAUACGUUUCCUCGCACACACCCACGGAAGGAAAAUGGCUCGCGAUCAACACGCGUUUGAGUCGGAGCAGCAGACGGGCUCCGUCAAGGCCGUCUCCGGCCCCGUCGUGAUUGCCGAGAAGAUGAGCGGAAGUGCGAUGUACGAGCUGGUGCAGGUCGGUUCUUUCCGCCUGGUGGGCGAGAUUAUCCGUCUGGAGGGCGACACCGCCACCAUCCAGGUGUACGAGGAGACCGGCGGCCUCACAGUUGGGGACCCGGUUUACUGCACUGGCAAGCCCCUCUCCCUCGAGCUGGGCCCUGGCAUCAUGUCCGAGAUCUUCGACGGCAUUCAGCGCCCCCUCGACACAAUUUACCAGAUGGUGCAGAACGUGUUCAUCCCGAAGGGGGUCCAGGUGCGCGCCCUCAACGCCCAGAAGCAGUGGGACUUCGCGCCAACGGUGAAGGUUGGCGACAUCGUGACGGGUGGCGACAUCCUCGGCACCGUGGCGGAGAACUCGCUGAUGAACAACCACAGCAUCAUGGUGCCGCCGAACAUGCAGGGCCGUGUGACGUCGGUGCAGCCCGCCGGAAACUACACGCUGGACGACGACGUGGUAGAGAUUGAGCACAACGGCAAGAAGAAGUCGCUGCGCCUGAUGCACCGCUGGCCCGUGCGUACGCCACGCCCUGUCGCGGAGAAGGAGUCCGGCAAUCACCCCUUGCUGACCGGCCAGCGCGUCUUGGACGCCCUCUUUCCCUCGGUGCAAGGCGGUACGUGCUCCAUUCCCGGUGCUUUUGGCUGUGGAAAGACGGUGAUCAGUCAGGCACUAUCCAAGUACUCGAACUCUGACUGCGUCAUCUACGUCGGCUGCGGCGAGCGGGGGAACGAGAUGGCUGAGGUGCUGAUGGAGUUCCCCACGCUGACCACCGUCAUCGACGGCCGCGAGGAGUCCAUUAUGAAGCGCACGUGUCUCGUGGCGAACACGUCGAACAUGCCGGUGGCGGCCCGUGAGGCCUCCAUCUAUACCGGCAUCACCCUCGCCGAGUACUACCGUGAUAUGGGCAAGCACAUUGCGAUGAUGGCCGACUCCACCUCUCGCUGGGCCGAGGCCCUUCGUGAGAUUUCGGGUCGUCUGGCCGAAAUGCCUGCGGAUGGUGGCUACCCGGCCUACCUCAGUGCCCGUCUCGCCUCCUUCUACGAGCGCGCCGGCCUUGUCACGUGCAUCGGUGGCCCGAAGCGCCAGGGCUCCGUGACGAUCGUAGGUGCCGUGUCCCCGCCCGGCGGUGAUUUCUCCGAUCCGGUGACGUCCGCUACGCUGUCGAUCGUGCAGGUGUUCUGGGGCCUGGAGAAGCGUCUGGCGCAGCGCAAGCACUUCCCGUCGGUGAACUGGCUCAUCUCGUACUCCAAGUACCUCAACGCCCUGGAGCCCUUCUUCAACACCUUCGACUCGGAUUACAUGCGUCUGCGCGCCGUCGUGUCAGAGAUAUUGCAGCGCGAGGAGGAGCUGCAGGAGAUUGUGCAGUUGGUCGGAAAGGACUCCCUGUCCGAGUCCGACAAGAUCAUUCUGGAGGUGGCCAAGGUGAUUCGCGAAGAGUUCCUCCAGCAGAACGCCUUCACCCCGUACGACAAGUUCUGCCCGCUGUACAAGACGUGCUGGAUGCUGCGCAACAUCGUCACGUUCUACGAGGAAGCCCAGCGCGUCGUGGCCGAGUCGGCCGGCGACCACAAGAUCACGUGGAACUACAUCCGCGAGAAGAUCCCCACCAUCUACACCGGUCUCACCGAGAUGAAGUUCCGCGACCCAAUCGAGGGCGAGGAGGCCAACAUCGACUUCUUCAAGAGACAGAACGAGGAGAUCAUCAGCGCCUUCAACUCCCUGUUGCAGUGA